UCGGUUUCCCCAAACAGAGCCACUCAAAUUUAGAUUUAGGGUUCCGUUAGCAAUUUUCAGCGCAUUUUUAUUUGAAUCGGUCGUUUGUUGAACGCGUUCUCUCUCAGCUGGUUUAGGGUUCAUCGUUCUCUCUUCUCGCGCUAGAUCUUUCUCUCUCUCAGGUUCCUGAUCACCUUGUAAACAUGCCAAAGAACAAGGGAAAGGGAGGAAAGAACAGAAAGAGAGGAAAGAACGAAGCAGAUGAUGAGAAGCGUGAACUUGUUUUUAAGGAAGAUGGUCAGGAGUAUGCCCAAGUUCUCAGAAUGUUAGGGAAUGGUCGAUGUGAGGCGAUGUGCAUCGAUGGGACAAAGCGUCUUUGUCAUAUCCGGGGGAAGAUGCACAAAAAAGUUUGGAUUGCAGCUGGUGAUAUAAUUCUUGUGGGUCUUCGUGAUUACCAGGAUGACAAAGCUGAUGUUAUCCUCAAGUAUAUGCCUGACGAAGCCAGGCUGUUGAAGGCAUAUGGGGAACUUCCCGAGAGCACACGUCUCAAUGAGGGUAUUGCUGGUGGUAUCGAUGAUGAGGAUGAUGGUGCUGGUGAUAAUUAUAUUGAGUUUGAGGAUGAAGAUAUCGACAAGAUUUAGAUUUUCAGUAACCUUUACUUUUAAAGUUUAGAGUUGUGUUUGUGUGGAUGAUUGAUUGGUUGCAUGGAUUUGCUCCUCUGUUGUACCAUUUACUCUUCUACUCUGUUGGAGAAUUGGUAUUUAUUGCAUAAAAUCCGGUAUUGAUGAUAUAUACAAAAAAAAAAAAAAAAAAAAAAAUCUACAUUAAAAA